CUCGUAUAUGCAGAAGCCAGAUGAGAGAAUGCUCCUUUUAUUCUAUAGUUUCAGAUUUGAAACUAUUGAACACUGACCUCCAUAUCGGGGAUUUUUUAAGGGGGAGAAUCAACUUUCUCAUCGACAGUUGUGAUGUCUGCCAAAGCUGCGAGCAAGGUUGUUAAGCAGUUAGCGGGGAGUGGGACAGGUCAGAGCUUAAUGGAUAGAGUCACGCAAGCAAAGUACAGUUUGGCAGGUUCUGGUCUCGGGAAAGUCGUAGCGAAAGCAACCACAGAGGAAAUUGGUGCUCCGAAGAAAAAGCACAUUGAUUACCUAGUAAACUGCAGUAAUGAACCUAAUGUCUCUAUCCCACUACUUGCUGGGCUUCUUGUGGAAAGGACACAAGAAAAAUCAUGGGUGAUUGUCUUUAAAGCUCUCAUAACUACUCACAACCUUAUGAAUUUUGGGAAUGAGAAAUUUUCACAUUAUCUUGCCUCCAAUAACUGUCCAAUUGACCUUCCACAUUUUAAUGAUAAAACAAGCUCUCAGUCUUAUGAAAUGUCCAUAUUCAUUCGCAAGUAUUCAAAAUACUUGAGUGAAAAAGUUGCUUCUUACAGAGCUAUGGCUUUCGACUUUUGCAAAGUGAAACGAGGGCGUGAUGAUGGUGUUUUACGAACAAUGCCAGUUGAUAAGUUAUUGAAAGCUCUUCCUGUGAUGCAAUCUCAAAUAUUAACUCUAUUAGAAUUUGAUGCUCUGGAAAAAGACUUGAACAAUGCAAUUAUUAACGCUGCUUUCCUAUUGUUGUAUAAAGAUCUGAUUCGUCUAUUUGCCUCAUAUAAUGAGGGUAUGAUUAAUUUGAUAGAGAAAUACUUUACUUUGAAACGAAGACAAUGUCGUCUUGGCUUGGACCUAUAUCAUGCUUUUCCAGGUUUAUUAUCGAAGCUUACUGAAUUCCUUGCACUUGCUGAGAGUUUGGGAAUUGGCGAUAAGGAUAGUCUAGGUCUACAACCGGUCCCAGAGAAAGUUAUUCAAGCCAUGGAGCAACACUUGCAAAUUUUGGAAAGUAAAAAGGGAUCAGAUGAUGAAGAUGAAGAGACUCAUACUUCAACCAAACCAAAUGUACCAAAGAAGCCAACACUCCCUGUACCUAUUCCAAGUCAAACCGUAAUCUCCACUGAAGCUAACAAGAUUUCUAGCCAUAAUCCACCUAAUCGAAACAGAGAUUACAAUGACGCUGCUGAAUCAAUAAACAAAACACAUGAUUCUAAUAUUCUGGAUCAAUCUGAACAAUUGAACGAUGAUACAACUGAACCGACUGUUGCAUCAUAUCCAACUUUGGUCUUAAAUGAUGAAGAUGGAUUACCUUCCGCUUUACAAGAGGAGAUAAUUGCAACUGCUAAAGGUCACUUAAAUGAAACACUUGUCAAGAGUUCCGAAGCUGUAAAACGUUCAACUCAACAAGGUGCAGUUAAAGUUCCAGUACAUACACAAUUGGGCAGAUCGGAACAUCGAACUGUAUCAGUGCCACCGACACGUUCACGAUCACCAUCACCAGCUCGUCCACCCCCAUCACCUAACCGUCAAUAUGAGAAAACUACACCGAAACAGCCAUCGAUCAGUGCAAGCGAUAGUGAAGCAAUUGAUGAGGACAAUACUGAUGGUAUCAAUAAGACAAAACAUAAUUCAUCAUCAUUAGGUCUUAAUGUAGAAGUGAAUGCACAGACUGAUUCUGCAUCUGUAUGUGCUAGUCCUUUUGCUGGUGAUGAAGAACCAGUUGAACCGGUAACUGAUACUGAUACUAAUGUAUGGUCAAAUAAAUCAUCAGAAGCUCAUGUUGAACCAAUGCAUGGUAGCAAUCAACAUUCAGCAAUCGAUGAUUUACUUGGUCUUGACUUAUGGUCCACUAAUGAUUCUAUUCCACAAACCAAUAUUGAACCUAUACCUUUCUCAGCUCAAACUGAGUCUGUUGGAAAGGAGUCUGAAUCAAAGCCUUCAGCUAUCAAUACUACUGCUACUACUACCAAUACAACAGGUCCUGCUUCAGUUUUUGAUGACUUAUUGGCAUUAGAUCCUCUUUUGGAGAAAGAUUCCGUCAGUGGUACUACUACUACUACUACAAAGAUACCAGUGAAUAAUCCCCCUACAUCGUUUAAUAAUUCACUGCCUCCAGGUUUAAAACCUGUUCCUUCAACUGUUCCAAUACGUCCUGCUGUUGUUAUGUCCGCAUCACAAAACAAGAAUCCACUUGAUGCAUUAGACAGCACCUUGUCGAAUUUGGCUUCAAGUUUAGGGGGUCAGCAAACCUGGGGCUCUACUAAUUUGAAGAAGAAACCACUGGCUGAAAGUGAGAAACCAACGUUUUUUGAACGUAUACACAUACUUUUCUCGAAGUAAUUCUGGAUUAUUCGUAUAUCAGCUUAAACAAUAUGUGAUUAAUCUACUUGGCUUAUCUACCUGUAUCAUUUACGUCAUGGACUGAUGCUAACUGGUUUUCGACAUCAAAUACAUCUGAACAAAUAUUUUGGCUUAAUUCUAAGUCCUCAGCUGUGCAUGCCAACUCUUCGACAUAUGGUGGCCGUACCAUGAAACCCUAUAGUCUCGUAUGAAUUUCUAUGGAUCAUCUGAAAUAGAGAAUUCUCAGAAAGAAUACUAUUAUCUCAUUAAAUAUAUACAUAUACUUAUAUCUCUUAUAUAACCUUUUUUCUUCAUUAUAUAUUUAACAGAAUCUCCUUUUGUUCCUUACACUUUUUGUUGUUGUUGUGAUAAUUUUUGUGCAUUUAUGGCUUGCUGAUUAUCUUCCCAUUAUAUCCAUGUUUUCUCUUUCCCCUGUUAGUUUUCGUUAUCUUCAUGAAUGCUUUACUACUCUAACUAUGUAAUUCUAGCAUUUAAAGAAGAAACAAAAACGCAUUCAUAUUUCUCUUACAAUUUUAGUUCAUCAUUUAAUACAUAAAAGUAUCUUUAUUAUUGAUUCUUCAAUUCUAACAGUGUUCUCCGAAAUGAUCACUUUUAUUCGCUUAUGAUUAUUUAAAAGAAAGAUUUAUUUCAAACAAA